GAAUGCAAAUAUGGCGGAUCACUCGGACGGCCCGGGACUAGUAGCGUGGAAGCGAGGCUAGUCAGUCCUCGAUCAUGACCGCGGCUUUUCCCUGCUUGUUUUGAUCGUCACAGAUGGCUGCGUGUUCUUUGACAGAGGACGAUAUUCCCGGCGCUUCACUAGCUGGAAGAGAAUCAGCGAGUUUAAAAAACGAAGAACUUCGUUUUUGGUUAAAAUGCCGUGGCGAUUCAUUGAAGGGUUUGAAGACAAAGGCGUUAUUAGUGAAAAGGGUUGAGGAGUAUAUAAAGACUGGCCAUGAUCAGAACAUUGUCGAUCCAGACAAGAAUCGGAUCUAUACGAAAAGAAAAGAACGCAACGAGGCGACGAGCAAAGAUGUUGAUGCGAGUGUAUCCGGUGAAUCACAACCGAAGUAUCCAUCAGAUGGCUGGUCCACCGACCUUACUAAAAUGCCUUUCUUCACUCGCGCAGAAGUGAAUCAACAUAUUUCGAAGUCAGGGAAAAACAUUGGCUCCAAGACACACUCUGUUCCAACGAGUGUUAGAAAAGCUACCACGUUUCUUGAAGACGAAUACUUGAAAGAAAUUUUGGCAGCAAGUGAUGGGAGCUAUUUUUAUUUCAAGUCACUAUGUCACCACAGUUUUAGAAAGAAUGACCCGCCUCAUAACUUAAAAGUAGCUCUGUGUAUUGUAAGCGGAAAGGUAAAACAUGCAUACUGUACCUGUGUUGCUGGUGCUGUUGGUUUUUGUAACCAUGUGUUAGCCUUGAUGAUGAAAGUCUGCAAGUUCACAUUGUAUGAAUGCAAGAGUGUAAGUGACUUAGACAAUGAGGAUGACAUGCAACCAAAACAAGCUUGCACAUCUAUGUUGCAGCAGUGGCAUCGAAAGGGUAGGGGGGACACCAUAGUUUCACAACCAGCUAUGGAGGUUGUUGUUCUCAAAACACAUCAAGACUUAGACAGAUCUUCAUCAAGAGAAUCUGGGGUGAGGUGCUUAUUAUAUGAAGCUAGGACACUCCAAAGUAUUAAAAGUCAAAGAGCAGAUGAGCAGAAGUUGUGUGAAAGGUUGAAAAAGGAAAAUCCAAAAAUGGCAUUGGCACAAAUAAUGGAACCUUCUCCUGAAAGUUCACAGUUGCUAGAAACCAAAUUUGGUAAAAGCCCUCAAGGUUCCUAUGCAAGUUAUCAGCUGUCCACAACAGAGGAUAAUUUCAAAGUGUACUGUAACAUUUCUCAUGUACCUAGGGUUGACCCAGGCCACACACACAAUGUCUCAAUUAAUUCUUAUCCAAGAUUCCCACUCAAUACAGCAACAGAGGAGUUUGCUGUACCUGAUGAAUUGGCAGCAAUUGAGAAAGCCUUACUGGAAAAGCUUAGUGUUGAUGAAGAGAAAAUCAAUGACAUUGAGACCAAAACAAGGGGGCAGUCUAAUUGUGAAGAGUGGAAGCAGGAAAGAAAAUUCAGAUUUACAGCAUCAAACUUUGGCUUAAUCAGUGGAAGGAAAAGGCAUCAUGAGAAUUUUGUGAACAGCCUGCUACACCCCAAGCCCUUUACAUCACGGUACACU